UUUUUAAAUGACAAGGAUCCUUUAAGGGAUAAAAAAAACAAAAAAAACAAAACGGUAUAAUGUUUUUCUUUCAUAGAACAUGAAAGAAGAAGGACUCCAGGAAGGACAAAAAAGUAACAUAAAUGUAGUCAGUACGACCUGUGUGCGGUAUUUGUGUGCUAAGUCUUCUGAAGCCAUGCAAUUUGAAUGUGCAUAAGCUUGAAUGAAAUUUGAGGAUUUUCAGCAAAUAAUGAUUUAAGGAUGAUGCAGGAUUUUAUCUCAGCUUAAUGUGCAGAGACAAAUAAUAGUAAGACAUUCAUAGAAUGAUUUCCCUAAAAAGUGUACAGUAAAUACUGUGGCUCUGUUGUUUUAGUAUGCCGACCAACACAACAUAGCAAAAUUGGCUUAACCAAUGGUGUGAGGUACAGGUGGGACUAUCUGUUUUCUGACCAAUGGAAGAUGGGGGAGUGAUUGGAAAAACUGUUUGCAUUGCUGUUUUUCUGCCACUGGUGCAAAAAUGAUGCAUCUCAUCUUAAAACUUUGGUCUGUUCCUCACACGAAGCUAUCAUAUGACUUUAGCGGACUUUCGAGUUGUAUAGAUACUUUUAUGGUGCUUUUUGUCUUUGUUGAAGCUUGAUGUGUGAAACACCAUUCACUUCUUGUUGUAUGUGAAGGAGCAGCCUGUAAGUUCAGCUAAAUGUUUGUUUUGUAUUCUGUUGAUGCAAACAAUCUUAUGGAUGAGAGAGUCCCUGAAGAACAAUAAGAUCAGGAAGUUGGAUGAUUACAUCUUCUCUAAAUAUACACAACUGCAGAGACUGUUUCUUCAGAACAAUACCAUUCAGACGGUCUCAACCCGUGCCUUCAGUGGACUAUUCAGACUAGGAAGACUGUUUCUUAGCAAAAACUACAUAACCUAUUUAGGACCCGGUGUAUUUAGAGAUCUUCAUGAAUUACAGUGGCUGGUCAUAGACCACAAUCCACUUAAAAACAUCUCUCGAAAUACCUUCAUCGGUCUGAAAUCAAUGACAUUUCUAUCGAUGGUGAACACAUCCCUCAUGUGGCUGCCUGAUUCGAGUCUCUGUCAGCACAUGCCCUUGCUCAGCUGGCUGGACUUUGCCGAGAAUCAUGUUGAGUUGCUGAAUUAUUCCACUCUGAUGACAUGCGCCGAGCUCACAGUGCUAUCUUUGCAUGACAAUAAAAUCAGAACCCUUCCAGAAAACACGUUUCACUCGCUUGGAGCUUUGGUUGAACUAGAUUUGUCUUGCAACAGAAUCUCGGAUCUUUCUAAAAACACUUUCAGGAGUUUAAAAUCUCUGCGUAAACUGAACAUAUCCCACAAUCCUUCACUCCACAUUCAUGCUAGUCACUUUGAUCAUCUAGUCCAUCUUGAGUCUCUAGGUCUGGAAGGCAUUGAAAUUCCUGAUAUACAAACUAAGAUGUUCCUUCCAAUGGGGAACCUGUCCCACAUAUAUUUUAAGGAUUUUCAGUACUGUUCCUAUGCCGCACAUGUUCGGAAAUGUAAACCUAACACAGAUGGAAUCUCAUCAGUGGAAGACCUGUUAGCCAGUCUGGUCCUGCGGGUGUCUGUCUGGGUUAUGGCUUUCAUCACCUGCUUUGGGAAUCUCUUUGUUAUUGGAAUGCGCUCCUUCAUUAGAGCAGAGAACAACUUGCAUGCGGCCUGCAUUAAAGUCCUGUGUUUUGCCGACUGUCUAAUGGGAGUCUAUCUUUUCUUCCUGGGAGCGUUUGAUGUGAAAUUCCGGGGUGAAUAUAACCGGAACGCGCUUAUCUGGAUGGAGAGUGUGGAAUGUCGAACUAUUGGCUUUCUUGCUAUGCUGUCCUCUGAAGUAUCUGUUCUCCUCCUCACCUACUUGACCCUGGAGAAAUUCCUUGUCAUUGUUUUCCCGUUUAGCCAUUUGCGGCCAGGGAAGCUGCAGACGGUGUUGGUUCUGGCCUCCAUAUGGGUUCUAGGAAUUGUCAUAGCAGCUGUUCCCUUGCUAAAUGAAGACCUGUUUGGGAACUAUUAUGGGCGAAAUGGAGUUUGUUUCCCUCUGCACUCUGAUAGGCUGGAGAAACCUACGGCCAAAGUAUACUCUACAGGGAUAUUUCUAGGUCUUAAUCUUGUGGCGUUUUUGGUGAUUGUCAUUUCCUACUCCAGCAUGUUCUGUUCCAUUUAUAAAACAGGCAUCAAUGCCACAGAUAUGCGCAGUCGGCUGCACAAAGACGUGGCCGUGGUCAACCGCUUUUUCUUCAUUGUGUUCUCUGAUGCCCUCUGCUGGAUACCCAUAUUUUUGGUCAAAGCACUCUCUCUGCUUAAAGUUGAAAUUCCAGGAACAAUAAACUCAUGGAUGGUGAUCUUCAUUCUACCAAUCAACAGUGCCCUAAACCCUAUCCUCUAUACUCUGACCACCAGCUUCUUCAGAGAGCAGGUGGAGCUUCUCCUUUGCCGUUGGCAACGGCGCUCUGCAUCAAAGAAAGGCCGCAAGAGUCUCACCAGCUCCACCACCUACAUGGAUGCCUCUCGAAAUGCUGAUUACCCCGCAAAAGUUUCCUUGCCGCGACUGGCUUUGGCAGAUAUGGAAAACCAAUAUGGGUGAAAGAACCAGUGAGAGAAAAUUGUCAUGGUGCAGGCAUACCAUAACCAUUAUCUUCAUUCAAAAAAGAGAAUAACGGCCUUUCCUGGAAAAAUCUAAGGGAGAGGAUUGUCCUGCAACACCUUCUAUUUGGGUUCCAAUAUAGAGAGCUCUUUUCAGGCGCAUAACUGUAGCUCCCUUUUUCUCUUCUGAGAAACAUUUUUGAACUCUUCAGCUUUAUAGGCACCUUGGACCCCUCCAAAUUUAAUUUCCCCCACAAACAUCAUGUCUGGCCCACAGUUCUUGAGUUGGGCUUGUUCUUAGUCUCAAAAGCUUUUAAAGAAAAAAGCAAUGAUGGAAAUUAACGCAUUGCACAAGACUGUCUUUACUUACUGCAGUGCACAAAUUUGAAGAAUCAAAGGAGCUUUAACAGCAUUGUUUACACAAGGAGUGUUGAUGGACACUAUCAUAUUUUUAUGGAAAGGUUUGAAUAUCUGAUAGGUUUUCAGAUCAAAUUUGAGAAGUAAUUAAAGCAAAAGGAUUUAUGCUAGUUCUGUUAUUUUAGUAUUUAUCACAGAAAGACAUAUAAAGAGAAAUGUAAUAAAGUCUGGGACUUUUUUAAUCAACAAAUUGAUGGCCCCUGACUUUCUGAGGGCUAUAGUAUUGACUUUUUUAAAAAUUUAAUAAUUGGAUGUCCAUGGCAGAAAAAUAGCAGCAUGCAAGAAAAGGAGGUGCAUAUCAUUCAGAUUCAGCUGUGCAAGAUGUCUGACAAUACAAUAGACACAUUAUUUUAGAUUUUUGUUCAUUUUUUGUCAUUUUUUACGACAAUGCAAAAGCAUUUUAUUUUUGUAAAUGCUACAGAAGACAUUAAGUUCUGCCAGUCAGUUUUUAUAUCAUCUGUACUACAAAGAUAUAUAUAUAUAUAUAUAUA